AUGGCUUUAUAUUAUGGUUAUGACCAUCUAGUGUCUUGCGAUUUGGAUGUAGGUGUUGCCAUCGGAUUCAUAACGUUAUUUAUAAGUGGCAGUUGGAUAUAUUUGGUUUUAAAGAAAAGAAAGAUAAUGAAGCUCAAGGAAAAGUUCUUCCGACAGAAUGGUGGAUUAAUUUUUCAACAACAACUCUCUCGCCGGAAAGACACCAAUGAAGUGGCAGACAUUUUCACAGAAUUAGAGCUAAGAAAAUCUACAAACAACUAUAAUGAGAGCACAAUCAUUGGCAAAGGAGGUUUUGGAAUAGUUUACAAAGGAACUUUACCAGAUGAUAGGAUUGUUGCCAUCAAGAAGUCCAAGAUUAAGGAUCAAACCCAAGUUGAGCAAUUCAUUAACGAGGUUGUUGUACUCUCCCAGAUUAAUCAUAGGAAUGUGGUGAAACUCUUGGGGUGUUGUUUGGAAACAGAAGUUCCUUUACUUGUAUAUGAGUUUGUUCCUAAUGGUAAUCUCUUUGAGCACAUACGUAAUAGGGAUAAGGGAUCCAACUUUCAUUGGGAAACCCGGUUAGGAAUAGCAGCAGAAACUGCUGGAGCUCUGUCAUAUUUGCACUCUGCAGCUUCAACACCAAUUAUCCACAGAGAUGUCAAGUCUUCAAAUAUACUCCUGGAUAGUUCUAUGACCACAAAAGUUUCUGACUUUGGAGCAUCAAGAUUGAUUCCAUUGGGCCAAACUGAAGUAGCAACAAUGGUGCAAGGAACUCUUGGAUACUUGGAUCCUGAAUACUUGCAAACCAACCAAUUGACUGAGAAAAGUGAUGUCUAUAGCUUUGGAGUUGUUCUUGUUGAGCUACUGACAGGAAAAAAAACGGUCUCAGUCAAUAGACCAGAAGAGGAGAGAAAUCUAGCUAUGCAUUUCCUUUAUUCCUUGCUAGAAAACAGAUUGUAUGAAAUACUAGAGAGUCAUAUAGUGAAUGAAGAACAUAGAGAGCAACUUAAGGAAGUGGCUGAGCUUGCAAGAAGAUGCUUGAGCGUGAAAGGAGAAGAUAGACCGACAAUGAAAGAAGUAGCAAUGGAAUUGGAAGGAAUAAGAAGAACCGAAAGGCAUCCAUGGGUUAAAACAGAGUUGAAUUUGGAAGAGACUGAAAACCUGCUUAAUGAUCAAACAUUCAAUUCUUACAAAGACUACUAUGGUGAAAGUGUUUCGAAUGAUGCCAUUACAUUGGAUUUCAGUGGGAGAUAA